UGCUCAGCUGUAUAGGAUAUUGUCUAUCUUAGAAGAUCACAGUAAAGUGGCAAUGUCUCGAGAACCUACCCCACCUCUCUCUGGAGAUAUGUCUACUGGUCCUAUAGCAGAAAGCUGGUGUUAUACACAGGUUAAAGUAGUAAAAUUUUCUUACAUGUGGACCAUCAAUAACUUCAGUUUUUGUCGAGAGGAAAUGGGUGAAGUGUUAAAAAGUUCAACAUUCUCAUCCAGUCCCAGUGACAAAAUGAAAUGGUGCCUGAGGGUAAAUCCAAAGGGAUUAGAUGAUGAAAGUAAAGACUACUUGUCCUUAUAUUUGCUUUUAGUUAGCUGUCCAAAAAGUGAAGUUCGAGCAAAAUUUAAAUUUUCCCUUCUGAAUGCUAAAAGGGAGGAAACAAAAGCAAUGGAAAGCCAAAGAGCAUAUCGAUUUGUACAAGGGAAGGACUGGGGUUUUAAAAAGUUCAUUCGAAGGGACUUUUUACUUGAUGAAGCUAAUGGUCUUUUACCAGAUGACAAGCUUACAUUAUUUUGUGAGGUGAGUGUGGUCCAAGAUUCAGUGAAUAUAUCAGGACAUACUAAUACAAAUACUUUGAAGGUGCCUGAUUGUCGACUAGCAGAAGAUUUAAGUAAUAUCUGGGAAAACAAAAGAUUUACAGAUUGCAGUUUUUUUGUGAGAGGACAAGAAUUUAAAGCUCAUAAAUCUGUACUUGCAGCUCGAUCGCCAGUUUUUAAUGCAAUGUUUGAACAUGAGAUGGAAGAAAGCAAAAAGAAUCGAGUGGAAAUAAAUGAUAUAGACCCAGAGGUUUUUAAAGAAAUGAUGAGAUUCAUUUAUACAGGGAAAGCACCAAACCUCGACAAAAUGGCUGACAGCUUGUUGGCAGCUGCAGACAAAUAUGCACUGGAACGGCUGAAGGUCAUGUGUGAAGAAGCUUUGUGUAGUAACCUUUCUGUAGAAAAUGUUGCUGAUACCCUUGUCCUUGCUGAUUUGCACAGUGCAGAACAGUUGAAAGCACAAGCCAUAGACUUCAUUAAUAGGUGCAGUGUACUUCGACAGCUUGGGUGUAAAGAUGGAAAAAACUGGAAUAACAACCAAGCAACAGACAUAAUGGAAACAUCAGGAUGGAAGUCCAUGAUUCAAUCUCACCCUCAUUUAGUAGCAGAAGCCUUCCGAGCACUAGCAUCUGCACAAUGUCCACAGUUUGGCAUUCCACGCAAGCGGCUAAAACAGUCUUGAAAUCUCCUGUGAACUUAAAAGUGGAAUUGACUUUUAACUCCUCCAGGUCCAGAAGGAUUCUAAUACACAAACCAUAACCAAGAGUUGUUUCUGUUGUCUUGUUCACAGAACAGAAGCUGAAAAGGCAUAUUGCUUGCAUUUCAGGUGGAUAAUUUAUGGUUUUUUCUUCAGCUUUAAAUUAGACUGAUUUUACUCUAACUCACUUCAAAGCCUUAAAUUAUCUUCAGUGACUUCUUGUUCAUAUAAUAUUUUACUUUUUGUAUUGUGCCUUGUCAUUUUGACCAAGGCUAUGCAGGAUUGCACUAGCUCCAUAAUGCAGUAAUAUAGAUUAACUGAAGAUAUUAAGUUUCAAAAGAAUCUUCCAUGAGUUUGAGAAAAGCAAAAUGAGUUUUAUAGGGUUUCUCCUCUGCUAUCUCGGAGUUUAAAACUAAAUUUAAGGUUCUUCUUAAAAGCACUUAUAUUGGAGUUUAUUGGUAAAGUCUCCAGUCUAAGUUCUAUCAAUAUAGGAGAAUCUCUUUACCUUCAAGGUAAGUUAUGGCAAUACAUUGCUUCAGUUCUAAUUUAUUAUUCAUUUCAGGGGCAAAUAUGCAAUGAGAUGGCCCAAAUAUUUCGUAAAGAUUUAUGAUGUUUGUAUGUAAUUGUCCAAUGGACUAAAAGUAUAACAAACUUUUCUGUGUUUCUUUGUGGGUUUGUCUAAGUUUAUGAUGACAGACUGAUUGAGGUUAAAAUUUCAGAAGAAAGCAUGUUUGUGCCAAAUUUAUUUGUUUUUAAUUUUUUUUAUUUCAAAUGAUCUACAUAUA